AUGGCCACGACGGAGCAGCAGCAGCAGCAGCAGAAGAUCGAGCACGUCCACCUCCGCGUGCGGGGGCUCACCCUCCACGUCGCGCAGGCCGGCAAAGGCGAGCUCGGGACGGUGGUGUUCCUGCACGGGUUCCCGGAGAUAUGGUACUCGUGGCGCCACCAGAUGCUGGCCGUCGCCGCCGCCGGCUACCGCGCCGUCGCUCCGGACUGGCGCGGCUACGGCCUCUCCGACCAGCCGCCGGAGCCGGAGGCGGCGGGGUUCGACGACCUGGUCGAGGAUCUCCUCGCCGUCCUCGACGCCCUCGCCGUGCCCAAGGCAUUCCUUGUUGCAACGGAUUUCGGGUCCAUGGUAGCUUAUGAUUUUGCUCUUCGUCAUCCAAACCACACAUGUGGCGUGAUGUCUUUGGGUGCUCCCUUUGUUUCUGACAGGACGUCCUUUAACACAUUACCAGAAGGAUUUUACGUCUUACGUUGGGUGCAACCAGGAAGAGCUGAGGCAGACUUUGCCCGGUAUGAUGUCAAGAGAGUUGUACGCACCAUCUACAUUCUCUUCUCUAGAAGCGACAUCCCCAUAGCUGAAAAAGAUCAAGAGAUCAUGGAUCUUGCCGAUUUGUCAACACCCCUUCCCGAGUGGUUUACUGAGGAGGAUCUUGACGUCUACUCAUCCCUCUAUGAGAAGUCCGGUUUCCGAUAUCCCCUACAGAUGCCAUAUAGGUCUCUCUUUAAGAGGAAACCAAAUGGAGACGCAAAAUUCCAAGUUCCAGUGCAUGUUGUCAUGGGGGAGAAAGAUUAUGUCUUCAAGUUCCCUGGUGUGGAGUUCGCCAUGAGAGACGGUGGUAUGGAGAAGCAUGCACAAGACCUGAAGAUCACCUACAUCCCUGAAGGGUGCCAUUUUGUGCAGGAGCAGUUCCCGGACCGUGUGAAUGAGCUCCUGCUUGGCUUCUUGAGAGACCAUCCUGUGGCUGUUUAAAUGCCCCCCCAUAGUGCUUCAUGACAGGAGCAUUAUAUUCUGUGAGAUUAUGAUGUGAAUUGUUAUUAAUAAACGAACAGUUAUGGAUGAUAUUACUUUCAUUAAUGCUACUUACUCUUUACCCAAUCUUUCGCUUUGGACUGGGUGAUUUUUCGUUUGUUGUAAUUUGGACUAUCCAAAACACUUUGUCAACUACAUCAACGAUCGAGAGAACUUUGGCUCUGGUACAUUGAUGAAUCAUAAUACCUUGGCCAAAGGAGA